AUGUCUCGUCGGCCGCCAUCUCCUCGCCAGCUGAUUAGCCCUCCCGACUCGCCCGGGCAGCGGCGCCGCUUUCUGCGUGCAUCAGAUGAUGCAGAGGGUGAGAUGCUGAUCGAGUCUUAUCUCAAUGCAUGCGAUCCCUAUAGAUCCACUACACUCAUGUUUGCACCACCUCUUCCACUCACUAUCGAACCAUUUGCUAUUCACGAAGACCCCACUCAAUCCUUCCACGAUGAAAUCCAUGCUGUCCUUCACAAUUUCGGGCUUGGCCCAUAUUUCAUUGUUGGUAAAGCAUCAAAGCCGGAAUACACUGGGGGCAACGAUACAUUCAAUUUACUGCACGUGCGUAUGCCUGCUAAAGAGGAUGGAUCUCCUCUCAUACGUCUUGGACCGUUGAAAGAUGCUAUUCAGCAGAUUCUGCAUCAGCAUGACAUUUAUGAUAUUGAGGUUGAAGUCGCCUUUAUCGAGUUGUCACUUCCACCAGUACUUUCCUGUCUUCUUCCAGGCGAUCCUCUUGUUGAAGUUUAUGAGCGAGAAAAGUUUGCUAUCUACGAGCUGGUUAAAAAUGCAAUUCCAAAUGAUUGGCAGUUCAUUGUUCCGUUGUUUAUCCAACGACACGAUGCCGAGGCGCGCUCCAUGCUUGUUGUACUUGUGAAGCCGUGGGCAAAGGCGGACUGGACAACACUCCGUUAUCGGAUAAUAUAUCAGCUCAGGGCAUUUGCUGGAGGUCGCGUUGAUGUUGAAUUCGCUCCAGGUGAAUUAAAGCCUUUGGUUGGAGAGUCUUUCAUGAGAAGAUUUCAUCCUACCCUUGAAAUGGGCGACUCAAUCGGUGUUCACCAAGGUGGCAAUGUCGGGACGCUAGGUGGUUUCGUGACUCUUACUCGAAGCGAAAAGACACAUCAUGGUUUCCUGACGAAUUAUCAUGUCAUAAGACCACAUAACGAACGAGACGGAUCCCAACUGGAUCAAUUUGGUUUAUCUGUCGCAUCUCCACCAGCCCGCGAGAUCCCCAUAGAAGCAUUUUCCCAAUCCGAUCGCGAUGCAACCCUAUCGGAUAUCGAUUGCAGUCUAGCAGAAUGGAAUUCACGGCAUAAUGAUUUGGCUACCAGAGAAGACCAAUACCACAUGAGCGGCAAAAUGCCGCCAGCUGCACUCCUGGAUUUGAUUGGUAACGCCCGGGAUACUCUCCGUGUGCUCUCGGACCAAAAAGACAUUGUUCAAAAAAUGCCAGAGCUCCUAGGAGUGGUGCUCCUGGCGUCUGGUAAAUCACUUCAGAACGGCAAGUUGUUGGACUGGGCCUUUGUUGAGCUGUCACCGAAGGCAGAGGCCAAGCAUUUCAAGCCUAACCUGAUGUUCGAAAUCCCAGGAAGUCAUCAAGCAAGCAGCUACAUUCGUAAUCAGCCAUAUACUGUCCCAGCUGGCUUUCCCAUAACAGAAUUUGGCUCUCUGAAGUUGGGAGACUACGGAGUAAAGCUUGGCCGAUCGACUGGACUCUCCGCUGGAGUUGUGAAUGGAACAAAAGGAAUUUACAACUGGAAAACUACCAGCAAGGCCAGGUAUGACCAGCACGGAAACUCUGUGUUGGAUGUCACUGAAGAAUUCUUGAUCAUCAGUAAAAAGUUAGCUGUACCCAACAUGAGGGCAGAGGACUUUGCUAAUGAGGGAGACUCCGGAUCUUUUGUACUCAAUCAAGAUGGUGUGGUCACUGGACUGUUGUAUGCUGGCUACUCCACUGGUCGCUAUGUGGCUGGCAUUGCCACCUGCAUGUCCGAUGUGCGACGCGCCAUCGAGCUAAAGAGUGGGGGAGUGCUGGGUCUUCCUCAGUAA